AUGGAUACAAAGUCGAGCCGCACACGCAAGACCGUCCAGAAGCCCGCCCAAAAGGUCACCAACAAAGAAGAUGCGAAGACCGCACAUAAGGCUGCCAACAAAGAAGAGGUUAACCCCCCUAAUAAGGCCGCCAACAAAGAUGAUGCGAAGCCCGCCCAGAAGGCCGCCAACAAGGAAGAGGCUAAGCCUGCGUCUCCAGAGCCUCCCCAAACCCUACUCGUCGACAAGGAGGAAGUCAACCUCAUCGACAUCCGCGCCACAGGCGACAUCCUCCUCGACAUAACCUUCACCAACAGCCACUCCACCCGCACAAUCCUCGCGCUCAACUCCGCCCUACCCCCGCGGCUCUCCCCUUUCUCCAAGCCUGGCCUGCCAUCCGACCGCACACUCUUCCGCGUUCGCCUAGACACCCUCGCCAAGACCUCCGCGUACUUCUCACGUCUCCUUACCGACGCCCGCUUCCAGGAGGCCACGAAGGUAUCUAGCUCCUUCGCUGCUCUCAAAGCUCGCGGUGUUGUACCCGCUGAGUCACAACCCGCUGAGCUGCCCCGCGUCGCUAUCACAGAUGAUGAUGAUGCGACGCAUGUCGCGGGGCGCGCUCCUGUACUCGCAGACCUCCUUCACAUCCUCCACAGCGGCGACGCGACAUCGAAGCUAUCUAUACCAUAUCUAGCGAUCCUCGCAGUGAUGACAGAUCGCUUCGACUGCGCAGCUACGGUGGGGAGAUACGUGCGCGGUGCGAAGAGGGUGCCCUGGCCGCAGACGUACGGGACGGUGAGUUUUGCGAGCGAAGAGCUCUUGAGGCAGAAGGCAUUGGUGGCAUGGUUGUUGGAGGAUAGGGUGAAGUUUGCGGCGGCGACGAAGGAGUGUGUGUUUAGGGGAAGUGCGAGGUGGGGAGGAGGAGGGGGUAUGCAGAGCGGACAGGUGGGCGUGUGGUGGGAUUUGCCUGAUGGUAUUGAAGCCGAGCUCCAUUAUCGUCGAACUUGCAUCCUUCAUACAAUCGCGUCUCUUCAGUCUCACUUCAUACGUCUCUAUUCGUCUCGCGACCGGCAAUGCAAGAUGUUCUAUGACUCUUCUGCCGCCUGCGACUCCUUCCAGCUCGGUGAGAUGGUCAAGUUCUUCGUUAACAAGGGUUUCUUUGCCUUUACCUCCCCCCUGCUAGUUAACGAGGAGGAUUACCCCGAGCCCUACGAUGGAGACAUUGAGAACCUCAUCACGGCUCUCCGGCAAUGCCCCUCUUACCAGUACGAUAAGAAUCACGCGCACUGUGGAUUACGUACAAGGCUCAUCCCCGCUCUGGACUUCAUCCAGGCGAUGCUAGCAUCGGGAGUCGGCAUCGACCGUGGAAACUGGAAAGCAGAGCGGCCGAGCACGUCGUGGGAGAGCGUGGAAGGGGUAGAACCCUUCCGGUUAACAAAGAGCGUGGCGACGGAUUCAAGACUCAAGCUCGAGGGCUUUCUGACAUCGAGCUCUUUGUCAAAGAGGUUCUUUGGGGCGGGUAGCUGGGACUGGACGCCGGAGGAAUGA